AUGGCAGGAUACCAGCUCUGGUCACCAUGGACCCCACUGGAUGAGAGCUUCCAAUGGCUGCGACACACAACACCUACUCCUUCCUCCAAGCACCCCUUUAGGGCCUCCCCCUGCUUUCCACACACCCCUUCCGACCUUGAAGUGCAGCUGUGCUUUCAAGAGGUCACUCUAGUCCUAGACAGCCCAUUCCUGGAAACUGGAGUGAGUCCCAAGUUACCCUGCCACACGUCAGAGCUCCGAACCAUGAGCAACAAGAAAGGACUGGUCAGGAAGCCCCAGCCCAUCCGCCUCAGUGGAGUGGAUUCUGUCUUUGGCAGGGUCAUCACGGCUCAGCCACCCAAGUGGACUGGGACCUUCAGAGUUUCAGACAAGUCAGCGUUCUGCAAAAUUAUCAGUAGGGAGCACCAGUGGCCUACUGGACUUAAGGAGCCUCAGAUUCAGAUGACAGUGACUAUGUGCAAACAGAUGCUGCGCUCCAUCCUCCUGCUGUAUGCAACGUACAAGAAGUGCACCUUUGCCUUGCAACACUCCAAGUAA